AUGUCUUUUGGUUACUAUUUAGGUUCAGUGGUAAAGAAGGUCAAAUCCCAGAAAGAGAACAUGGUUCUUGUAGAAGUGAAGAAUGAACCGGAUCAUGGCGACACCCAUUUGAUCUCAUCUAGGUGGGCAGCCGCUGCGAUUGCGAGCUUCUUUGAUCCCCCCGGUAUACUUCAUGUAUUCGGAUUUUUGUGUAUGAUUCUACUUUUUGAGUGGUGCGCGUCUAAAUAG